AUGGAGGGCGUCCAAAAUGCCGGCGCCACACUUUCAUUCGGUUCAGAAAAUCCCUUCGUGGAAGGUGCCAUGGGAGUCUAAUCUUCUACCAAGGAGCCCGGACCGAAUGAUGUGUCUCAUUGUUCUCUCCCAGACACUGGACUGAGGAUGGUCCCUGCUGGUUCGAACUGGAAGAACAGACCUUGCAUUGCAACGGAACGAAUGGAUCACCUUGGCGUGGGAUGUUCAAAUCUUUGGGCCGAAUACGUUCCAAAAGAUCUGUCAAUCGAGGAUCCUUUCGUUACGACUUUUCGGACCAAGACCAUAAAGAGGGCGACGAGGCCGGGGAUUGUACUUUUGAAGUACUAUAGCUCCCGGAACAAAAGGAAUUUCAACCUUGCAGAGGCUUCGACAAGGUAUGAGGACGCCUCCCGCCCGUUGAUUCGUUGGUGGCUGGCAUACGUUCCUGCGAGUCCCGAAGCACGCGUGUCUCCGAUGGUCUAUACGAAGAAAAUCCUGCAACGUUGUUGCGUUCGGUUGGCACUAGACUUAGAAUCAUCACGACGGAGUCUUCUCCUCGUUCUUAAUUCCUGUUUAGUAGGGUACAACAGAGACAGUUUGUCGAACUUUCGUCAACCCCGGACCCAGUGUCUGGAAUAUAUUGGGGAUGUAUGUCAAGUGUGUCGAUCUGUAUCAAUCGUCUAGUGUUUCCGUCCCCAUACUUCACUAUCUUAAAGCUUGACAUGGCGGCCGUAGUGCAAGCGUU